UUCCUGCAAACGUUCUCUGUGGCUGUCGGCUUCAGACCACCUCCCUCUCUCAGUGUGCACGGAAGAGCUCUCUUUUAUUUCACGUUGUUGCCAUCCGACGGAUUUUCUUUUUCUUCAGGACUAUGUGCGCAACAGAGAAUGGCGGACGCCAACGCGAUUGAGGAACUACAGUCGGAGCUCACCUGCCCAGUGUGUUUGGAGCUGUUCUGCGAUCCCGUGAUCCUCGAGUGCGGACACCACUUCUGCCAGCAGUGCAUCAUCCAGUGCUGGGAAGCCAAGUCGGACGAGUUGUCGAGUUGCCCCAAGUGCAGAAAGUCGAGCGGUCGUAAGCUCCGACCCAACUCGCUCCUGUGCAACGUCGUGGACAGUGUGCGCAGGGCCCGCGCCAUGGACACGGCCGCGGGGACAAGCGGGUGGGCCCCGGAGGGCGCGCUGGAGGAGCCGGAGGAACGGGAGCCCGGGUCCAGCAUGAGCAGCCUGGCCUCGUCCAUCGGGCACUGGCCGCGCCUGGGCACGGACAUGGAUAUGUGCGAGGAGCACGAGGAGAAGUUAAAGCUGUACUGUGAGGACGACCAGCUCCCCAUAUGUCUGGUGUGCGGCAUGUCGAGGGACCACAAGACUCACAAUGUCAUCCCCAUUACAGAGGCCUUUGAAAACUACAAGGAUAAGCUGUCUGUCGCUCUAGAGAGAGUUAGCUGCAGACCGAGGAUGGCCACGCUCUUCCAAAGGCAGACCAAUGAAAAGAGCCUCCUCAUCACAGGUACCAAGAUACGCGAGCGAGCAGGAGAUCUGGAAGAGAUGGUCCAAUGCAGUUUGGCCGUCCUGAGGGAGUUCCUUCUGAAGGAGGAAGAGCGCAUAAAGGAGAAACUGCAGAAGCAGAAAGAGGAGAAGCUCGACCAGCUGGAGGAGGCGCUCACGGAGACCACAGAGCAAAUCAGCCACUUGGAAAAGUACGGCGACCGGCUUCGCCUCAAACUCGGAGAAGAAGAAAACCCAGAGCAGCUCAAGGGAAUCAAAGAUUUCAUCGGCGGGACUGAGAGCUUGUUUGAGCGCCCCCCAGAGGUGGGUGAGGAUCUGCAGUCGGGAGAGUUUCUGGGACCUCUGCAGUACAGGACCUGGAGGAAAAUGAGCUCAAUAUUUCAGCCAGCUGUGAAAGCGGUGACCCUGGACCAGACACAGCCUACCCGUGCCGUGUGGGUGUCCCAGUGUCGCACCAGCGUCUCCGUGGGACGAAUCCAGCCCAACCUGCCCAACAACCCAGAGCGCUUCACUCUCUACAACAUCGUCCUGGGCUCUGAAGCCUUCUCCUCUGGGAGGCACUACUGGGAGGUGGAAGUGGGCUCCAAGACAGCGUGUCUGGGUGUGGCCACGGCCUCCGUCAACAGGAAGGAUGAGAUCAGCCUCUGCCCGGAUGAUGGUUUCUGGACCCUGGUGCUGAGGGAUAGCGCUGACGGCACCAGCGAGUAUGAGGCAUGCACCGACUCGGAGGAGAGCUUGAUAUAUCCCUCCAAACCCCCCAGACGGGUGGGGGUCUAUCUGGACUAUAGUCGAGGUGACGUGGGGUUUUACGAUGCAGGAAACAUGAGCCACCUCUUCAUCUAUAAUGCAAAAUUCAAAGAGCCAGUUUUCCCGUACUUUAAUCCCUGGCCGAUUAUCAACGGAUACAACCGGGAGCCCCUCACCGUAGUGACGCCCCACUGGGGAUAGAGGUCCUCUUUAUCGGAGGACAGACUCAGGAAUAAUGUACUUUCAAACGUUUUGGUGAACUACCAACUCUGUCAAAUACACCGCGCUCGACUUGACCACACCUCAGGCUGUAUGAGUUGUAGCGGCUGCAAUCGUGAGCUAAUCCCACGUCACAUAAAAUCGAAAUUAUAAAAUUAUACAAAUAGUAUUUUUUCUUCUAGAUCUGGGGACAAAAAGGAUUUAAUGCACGUAUUGUUUACAAUUGUUUUACAAUACUACAAACAAAGAAUAGCCGUAUGCUAUGAAACUUUGUAUUGGUUGUGAAUUCAUUAUAAAUGGGUGAAGGCAUAUUGCUUGCAACUAGUCUCUGAAAAGAUAUUUUUUAAUUGUAUUCAAUAAGUUCGCUAAAAAAUCCUACUGUGUGUUUUUUUAAUAAUGUCUAACUUUUUACAGUUUUAUAGCUAGCCAAUCCUGUAAUUCUAAUGACAUAUUUACAAGGAAAUUACAUUACAAUAGACAAAGUAAUAACAGAAGUAAUUAUGACUUAUAUAUGCCUUUACCUACAUUUUCCUACAACAAUACAACUCUGCAAAAAUAAAAAAUAAUAAUUC